GGCAGGAGGUGGCGGCGGCGGUGCCCGCAGCCUGCCCGGCACUAGUUGCUCGCGCCCGCGGCAGCAGCGGCUUCUCCGGCUGCUCCCGGGCCCGUCUGCACCUUUCGAGCUUUUAAGCCCGGGGCGAGGUUACGCUUCUUUUUGCAUUUGAUGCGCUUUGCAUUUUUUUUUUAAUUUAAAAGAGAACAUUUUACAUUUGCUUUCGGCGUCACCUCCUGUUCCCGGAGCGGGCGCCCCGGCUGCCCCCGGGACGGGCCCCGCGCCCUACCCAGCCUCAGCCUCCCCGGCCUGAUGGCAAAGUUGCGCCGUGGGGCCACCCCCGACUCCUACUGACGGCGACCAGGGCAAGUGACAUAGGAUGACCCCGGCCUGUCCCCUCUUACUGUCUGCGAUUCUGUCCCUGCGCCUCACUGCGGCUUUUGACCCUGCCCCCAGCGCCUGCUCGGCCUUGGCCUCGGGAGUCCUCUACGGGGCCUUCUCCCUUCAGGACCUCUUUCCCACCAUCGCCUCGGGCUGCUCCUGGACCCUGGAGAACCCAGACCCCACCAAGUACUCUCUCUACUUGCGUUUCAACCGCCAGGACCAGGUGUGCGCCCACUUCUCGCCCAGGCUGCUGCCUCUGGAUCACUACCUGGCCAACUUCACCUGCCUCCGCCAGGCGCCGGAGCCGGAGCCGGAGCAGGCGGCGGAGGAGCAGGAACCGGAGCAGGCGGCGGAGCAGGCGGCGGCGGCCCAGGCCGGACUGCGGCAGGAGGAAGAAGAGGUGGGGGGUGGCCUGGAGCUGUGCCAAGGCUCCAAUCCCUAUACCUUUCUUCAUUUUGACAAGAAUUUUGUGCAGCUCUGCCUGACGGCGGAGCCCUGGGAGGCGCCCCGCUUGCUGGCGCCCUCGGCCCUGGAGUUCCGCUUUGUGGAGGUGUUGCUCAUCAAUAACAACAAUUCAAGCCAGUUCACCUGCGGGGUGCUGUGCCGCUGGGGCCAGGAGUGUGGGCGGGCCGCAGGCCGGGCCUGUGGCAUUUCCCAGCCGGGCUGCAGCUGCCAGGGGGAGGAGGCUGUGCCCCCGGCCCCCCCAACCACUGCUCCCGCCCCUCCCCGCAGCCAGACCCUCUCUAAUGCCCUGGUGCCAGGGAGCCCGCCAGGGGAGGCUGACCUACACGCGGGCAGCAGCAAUGACCUCUUCCCACCUGAGAUAAGAUACGGUGAGGAGCCGGAAGAAGAGCCGAAGGUGAAAACCCAGUGGCCCAGGUCAGCAGACGAGCCCGGAGUGUACAUGGCGCAGACAGGAGACCCAGCAGCUGAGGAGUGGUCUCAGUGGAGCGUGUGCUCUCUGACGUGUGGGCAGGGCCUUCAGGUUCGGACUCGCUCCUGUGUCUCCUCCCCGUAUGGGACGUUGUGCAGUGGGCCACUGCGGGAGACUCGGACCUGCAACAACACGGACACCUGUCCAGUUCCUGGCCUGUGGGAGGAGUGGGGGCCCUGGAGCCUGUGUUCCCGCACCUGCGGGCGGGGGUUCCGGAGCCGGACGCGGACCUGUGUGCCCCCCCAGCACGGUGGGAAGACCUGCGAAGGUCCCGAGCUGCAGACUAAACUCUGCAACCUGGCUGCCUGUCCGGUGGAAGGCCAGUGGCUGGAGUGGGGCCCCUGGAGCCGCUGCUCCGUGUCCUGUGCCAACGGGACCCAGCAGCGUAGCCGUCGAUGUAGUGUGACAGCCCACGGCUGGGGCGAGUGCCGGGGUGCCCACGCCGAUGCCCGAGAGUGCAGCAACCCAGAGUGCCCAGCUGAUGGCAAGUGGGGCCCAUGGAACCCCUGGAGCCUGUGCUCCAAGACGUGUGACACAGGCUGGCAGCGACGCUUCCGCAUGUGCCAGGGCACGGGGGUCCAGGGAUACCCCUGUGAGGGCAGCGGUGAGGAGGUGAAGACAUGCAGCGAAAAGAAGUGUCCAGCCCUCCAUGAGAUGUGCAGGGAUGAGUACGUCAUGCUGAUGACCUGGAAGAAGACAGCAGCGGGCGAAAUCAUCUACAAUAAAUGCCCACCCAAUGCCACAGGGUCUGCCAGCCGCCGCUGUCUGCUCAGUGCCCAGGGGGUUGCCUACUGGGGCCUGCCCAGCUUUGCCCGGUGCAUCUCACAUGAAUACCGAUACCUGCACCUUUCGCUGCGGGAACACCUGGCCAAGGGCCAGCGCAUGCUGGCUGGCGAGGGCAUGUCUCAGGUGGUCCGAAGUCUGCUGGAGCUUCUGGCCCGGCGCACCUACUACAGUGGGGACCUGCUGUUCUCUGUAGACAUCCUGAGGAAUGUCACUGACACCUUCAAGAGAGCCACCUACGUGCCCUCGGCGGAUGACGUCCAGCGCUUCUUUCAGGUUGUCAGCUACAUGGUGGAUGCAGAGAACAAGGAGAAAUGGGAUGAUGCCCAACAGGUGUCCCCGGGCUCUGUUCACCUGCUGCGGGUGGUGGAGGAUUUCAUCCACCUGGUGGGAGAUGCGCUCAAGGCUUUUCAGAGUUCCCUCAUUGUCACCGACAACCUGGUGAUCAGCAUUCAGAGGGAGCCAGUUUCUGCUGUCUCCAGUGACAUCACCUUUCCCAUGAGGGGCCGGCGGGGCAUGAAGGACUGGGCCCGGCACUCUGAGGACCGGCUCUUCUUGCCCAAAGAGGUGCUGAGCCUCCCAUCUUCUGGUAAGACCUGCCCUGCUCCCGGCCUCGUUUCCACGCAUCUCCCUUCUACCCCCAUCCACUCUACCCAGCGGCUCCCUCUCCCCACAGAAACAGACGAAUCAUCCUAUUUUGUGAUUGGGGCCGUGCUGUACCGGACUCUGGGCCUCAUCUUGCCAGCACCCAGGCCCCCGCUGGCGGUCACCUCCAGGGUCCUGACAGUCACGGUGCGGCCGCCCACCAAGCCAACAGAACCCCUCAUUACUGUGGAGCUGUCCCAUGUCAUCAAUGGUACCUCAGAUCCCCACUGUGCCACAUGGGACUACUCUAGAGCGGAUGCCAGCUCCGGGGAGUGGGACACGGAGAGCUGCCAGACCCUGGAGACCCAGCCUGCCCAUACUCGUUGCCAAUGCCAACAGCUGUCUACCUUCGCUGUCCUCGCGCAGCUGCCCAAGGACCUGAGUCUGGAGCUCUCAGGUGCCCCCUCCGUGCCCCUCAUGAUCGGCUGCGCUGUCUCCUGCAUGGCCCUGCUCACCCUUCUUGCCAUCUAUGCUGCCUUUUGGAGAUUCAUCAAGUCUGAGCGCUCCAUCAUCCUUCUGAAUUUCUGCGUCUCCAUUCUGGCUUCCAACGUGCUCAUCCUGGUGGGGCAGUCCCAGAUUUUAAGCAAGGGUGUCUGCACUAUGACAGCAGCAUUCCUUCAUUUCUUCUUCCUCUCCUCCUUCUGCUGGGUGCUUACCGAGGCCUGGCAGUCCUACCUGUCCGUCAUCGGCCGCAUCCGGACACGCCUCGUCCGCAAGCGCUUCCUGUGCCUGGGGUGGGGUUUGCCGGCCCUGGUGGUGGCUGUGUCUGUUGGCUUCACCCGGACGAAAGGCUAUGGCACAGCCAGCUACUGCUGGCUGUCCCUGGAGGGGGGGCUCCUCUACGCCUUCGUGGGCCCCGCAGCGGUCAUCGUCCUGGUGAACAUGCUCAUUGGAAUCAUCGUUUUUAACAAGCUUAUGACCCGGGAUGGAAUUUCAGACAAGUCUAAGAAGCAGCGCGCUGCCCCGCAGCGGCUCCCCUGUGCCAGCCUCCUCCUCCUCCCCUGCUCGGCCUGUGGAAUGGUCCCCAGCCCCCUGCUCAGCUCGGUCACAGCCAGGAACGCCAUGGCUUCGCUCUGGAGCUCCUGCGUGGUGCUGCCUCUGCUCGCCCUCACCUGGAUGUCCGCCGUUCUGGCCAUGACCGACCGACGCUCCAUCCUCUUCCAGGUCCUCUUUGCCAUCUUCAACUCUGUCCAAGGUUUCGUCAUCAUUGCCGUGCACUGCUUUCUUCGAAGAGAGGUCCAAGAUGUGGUGAAAUGCCAAAUUGGAGUUUGCAAGAGCCAGGAGAAUGAGAACUCCCCCGGGUCCUGUAAGAAUGGGCAGAUCCAGGUCAUGACAGAUUUUGAAAAGGAUGUGGACUUGGCGUGUCAGACAGUUCUGUUCAAGGAAGUCAACACGUGCAACCCCUCCACCAUCACAGCCACGCUGUCCCGCCUGUCGCUGGAUGAGGAUGAGGACUCCAAGCCUUGCCUCAUGGGCACAGAGAGCGGGCUGAACUUCUCCCCACUGCCAGGCAACAUCUUGGUGCCAAUGCCAGUGCCCUCUCCCGGCGUAGGCGAGCCCCCCCACCCACAUGACACCAACCCCGUGUACAUGUGUGGGGAGAGCAGCCUCAGGCAGCUGGACUAUACCUGGCUGCGGUCUGGGGACCCCGGGAGCGAGGGAGAGUACACGGUGCUGCCCCGGAGGACUCUGAGCCUCCAGCCUGGUGGCCGGGAGGAGGCCAAGCGGGCGAGGCCCGAGGGCACCCCCCGUCGUGGGGGGAAGGGGCUGUCUCAGACAGAGGCCUAUCCCAGCUUCCUGUCCGUGGACCAUCUGGGCCUGGGCCCAGCCUAUGGAACUCUGCAGAACCCCUAUGGGGUGCCUUUCCAGCCCCCGCCCCCGGCUCCAUCUGGUGCUCGCCAGGGCCCCACCCCUGAGCCCGGCGAACGCAGCCGCACCAUGCCCCGGACUGUGCCCGGCUCCACCUUGAAGCUGGGCUCUCUGGAGCGGAAAAAGUUACGCUAUUCAGACCUGGAUUUUGAGAAGGUGAUGCACACACGGAAGCGACAUUCAGAGCUCUACCAUGAGCUGAAUCAGAAGUUCCACACCUUUGAUCGCUACCGGGGCCCGACCACAGGCAAGAGAGAAAAGCGAUGGAGUGUGUCAUCGGGCGGGGCUGAACGCAGCGUUUCCACCGAGAAGAUAAGCCCAGGGGAGAGGCCACCCUCUCAGCAGCAGCAGCAGCAGCAGCAGCAGCAGCAGCAACGACACCAGAGCUGGAGCACCUUCAAGGCGAUGACGCUGGGCUCGCUGCCCCCCAAACCCCGUGAGCGGAUGGGCCUGCACAGGACACCUCGCUGGGAGUCGGCAGGUCUGGGCCUGGAUGCAUCUGAUGGUGACUUCCAGACGGAGGUGUGAGCCCUGGCCAGCUGCCUGGGCAUCUAUAAAUAUAUAUAUAUAUCUCUAUUUUCACACUCCAAUUUGGAAAAAAAACAAGGAGCCAGGGACCCCCCUUUUCUCUUCUCGUGUGCGGUCUUGGCCCUUGGAGGGAGACACAGCCGGAUUCUGGCUCCAGACAAGGUGGGGACCCUGGAGAUGAGAGGGGUGGGCUGGACUCCAGAGACCUGCUUCUGGCCCAGGGAGGGGGCAGAAUAAGGGGCCCCCUCCUCAUUUUUCAGAGCCUAUAGCCCCAGGCCACCGUGUCUCUUGCCCCCAAGCCUGUCCAUGAGUCUGUCUGUUCCACCCAGGGCUGGGGGGGAUCUUUGUUGGGAAUAAAGUUCGCUCUGUGGA